CAGCAGCAGUGGCGUUUCUGUCGCGUCGCGUUUGUGGUGAAGGUGCAAGAAAGGCAGCAUCAUAGGAAAACUCCAGGAACAGUUUAUUAAACAAAUCCUUUAUUCUGACACUUCUGUGAAAACAUUUGAGCGGACUUCAUGAGUCUGAAGAGAAAGUUUUAAUGAUAAACGGUGCUUCCUGAAAUGAUGUCAUUGUCUACUCCUUUAUUGGCUGUCUUAUGCUGGCUGUUAUCACUGACAUCAUCUCUUAAACUGGACGACCCCAAUGUCUGCAGUCACUGGGAGAGUUACUCUGUGACCGUGCAGGAGUCGUAUGCACAUCCCUUUGACCAGGUUUACUACACCAGCUGUUCAGACAUCCUCAACUGGUUCAAAUGCACUCAACACAGGGUAAGCUACAGGAUGGCGUACCGCAGGGUAGAGAAGACGAUGCAUAGACGAAAGUCUCAGUGCUGCCCGGGCUUCUACGAGAGUGAAGACGUGUGUGUCCCUCAAUGUGGUGAGAAAUGUGUGCAUGGCCGCUGUGUGGCCCCCAACACCUGUCAGUGUGAGCCGGGCUGGGGAGGAGCCGACUGCUCCAGCGCCUGCGACAGCAGUCACUGGGGUCCGCACUGCAGCAGUCGCUGUCAGUGUAAGAACAGGGCGUUGUGUAACCCCAUCAGCGGAGCCUGCAUCUGCUCACCCGGGUACCGCGGCUGGCGCUGCGAGGAGAUCUGUGAGCGCUACACCUACGGCAACACCUGCCAACAGACGUGCCAGUGCCAAAACAACGCCACGUGCCACCACGUCACCGGAGAGUGCGUGUGCAGUCCGGGUUACACGGGAGCGUUCUGCGAGGAUCUGUGUCCUCCAGGAAAGCAUGGACGUCUGUGCGAGGAACGCUGUCCGUGUCAGAACGGAGGCGUGUGUCAUCAUGUGACGGGAGAAUGUUCCUGCCCGCCCGGUUGGAUGGGUACGGUGUGCGGACAACCGUGUCCUGCCGGACGUUACGGGAGGAACUGCUCACACGAGUGUCAGUGUCAUAAUGGAGCAAGCUGUUCACCGUCCACAGGACAGUGUGUGUGUAGUGCAGGAUACACAGGAGAGAGGUGUCAGGAUCAAUGUCCUGUCGGCUCUUAUGGAGUGGACUGCAUGCAGACGUGUGCUUGUGUGAACGGUGCUCAGUGCUAUCACGUGAGCGGAGCGUGUCUAUGUGAACACGGAUACACGGGUGAGAGAUGUGAGGAGCGUAACUGUCCCGACGGGCUUUACGGUCUUAAAUGUGACAAGAAAUGUCCCUGUCACACCAAUAACACACGCAGCUGUCACCCUAUGACGGGCGAGUGUUCAUGUAAGCCAGGAUGGGCGGGGUUAUACUGUAAUGAGACGUGUGCUCCUGGUUUCUAUGGUGAAGCGUGUCAGGAGGUUUGCAGCUGUCAGAACGGUGCAGACUGUCACGGUGUGACGGGCGAGUGCGUCUGUGCGCCCGGAUUUAAGGGCACAGAUUGCUCCAUCACGUGUCCCAUCGGUACAUACGGCAUCAACUGCACCUCUCUGUGUUCCUGUAAGAACGGAGCCGCUUGCUCACCGAUAGACGGAUCCUGUUCAUGUCACGCAGGUUGGCACGGGGUGGAUUGCUCCAUUAACUGUCCCAGUGGGACAUGGGGUCUGUCCUGUAAUCUGACGUGUGUCUGUGGUAAUGGAGGCUCAUGCAGCGCUCUGGAUGGCAGGUGUACGUGUACUCCAGGCUGGAGAGGAGACAAAUGUGAUCUGCCAUGUCAUGACGGCACGUAUGGACUGGAGUGUCGCGAGCGCUGUGAUUGUAUUCAUGCAGACGGAUGUCACCCCACAACUGGACACUGUCGCUGUCUGACUGGCUGGACAGGUAUCCAUUGUGACAGUGUGUGUGCUGAGGGCCGCUGGGGUCCCGGCUGUUCUCUGUCGUGUAACUGUAAGAACGGAGCGUCAUGUUCACCUGAUGAGGGCACUUGUGAGUGCGCAUCUGGAUACAGAGGAACCAACUGUCAGCGCAACUGUUCUCCAGGUUUCUUUGGUCAUCAGUGUAGUCAGGUGUGUCCUCAGUGCGUCCACAGCAAUGAACCGUGUCAUCACGUGAGCGGCCAGUGUGACUGUCUGCCUGGUUUUAAAGGAUCUCUCUGCAAUGAAGUGUGUCCCAGUGGCAGGUUUGGUAAGAAGUGUGCGUGGAGCUGUAAGUGCACUAAUAACGGCACGUGUAACCCCAUCGACGGCUCGUGUCAGUGUUACCCGGGCUGGAUCGGCAGCGACUGCUCACAGCCGUGUCCACCCGGUCAGUGGGGUCCUAACUGCAUCCACACGUGUAACUGUCAUAACGGAGCCUUCUGUAGUGCUUAUGACGGCGAGUGUAAGUGUACGGCCGGCUGGACGGGUCUCUACUGUACACAACGCUGUCCGUUGGGUUUCUAUGGGAAAGACUGCGCACAGGCGUGUCAGUGUGAGAACGGCGCUGACUGCGAUCAUAUCUCGGGUCGGUGUACGUGUCGCACUGGCUUCAUGGGACGUCACUGUGAAAAGAAAUGUCCUGCUGGUACGUAUGGAUACGGCUGUCGACAGGUGUGUGAUUGUCUCCAUAACUCCACGUGUGAUCACAUGACCGGCACCUGCUAUUGUAACCCCGGCUGGAAAGGCUCACGCUGUGAUCAGGCUGGUGUGAUCAUCGUGGGAAACCUGAAUAGUCUGACGAGUACGGCGUUACCGGUGGGCUCAUAUCAGAUCGGUGCCAUUGCAGGAAUCAUCGUCCUGGUACUUCUGGUGCUCACCCUGCUCACGCUCUUCAUCAUUUACCGCAGAAAACAGAAAUGCAAAGAUUCCUCAGUGCCUGCGGUCACAUACACGCCAACCAUGAGACCAAACACAGAUUACACCAUCGCAGAUAUAAGACAGCCCACAGUUCCUCAGACGACUGACGUCUCUCCCAACAGCAAUCAUUUCUCCAAUCCCAGCUAUCACACGUUGACCCAAUGCAGCAGUCCACCUCAUGUUAAUAAUCUACCCUAUGGAAAGCAGAAGAAUAACCAACUGUUUGUGAACAUGAAGAAUCCUGAGCAGAGGAAACUGCCAGAUCACACGGGAACUCUGCCAGCCGACUGGAAACAGGGGGGAUCCUUCAAUGAGCUUGGAGCUUAUGGUGUUGACAGACGUUACAUGGGGAAAUCACUGCGAGAUCUGGUGAAGGAUGUACCCUAUCACAGCAGUUCCUGCUCUCUCAGCAGUUCAGAGAAUCCAUACGCGACCAUCAAAGAUCCUCCUGCCCUGCUGAUGGCCAAGAGCUCUGAGUGUGGAUAUAUGGAGAUGAAGUCUCCGGCUCAUAGAGACUCACCGUACACAGAGAUACACGCCUCCGGCCCUCCCUACAAAAACGUCUAUGAAGUUGAGCCGACCAUCAGUAACAUCUCUAACAACAACUACAAUGGACCGUUUUGUCAAGAUCCCUAUGACCUACCAAAGAACAGCCGUAUCCCGUGUCAUUAUGAUCUACUGCCCACCAGAGACAGCAGCCCUUCACCUGCAGAGAAUGUGGACAAGAAAUAAACAAACUUUAUCAUUAAAUCUCCCUGUCUCUACAGCACUAGAUUAACAUUUGUCAUUAAUUCUCAAAAACAUUAUUAUUACGGUCUAUAAAAGUUGAAUAGUUGUUUUUAAAACAAUGACGUGUUGAAGCCGGUAGCUCGAGGUCCUUUGCCGAUCCCAUACCCCUCUCUUCACCCUGUACUGUACUUUCCUCUUAUAUACACUGUCUGUUAAAGGCAAAAUGCCCCCCCCCCAAAAAAAAAAUCUAUGACGUAUUCUGACCCAGAGAAAUGAAGAGGUGGAGGGGAUACCACUGCAUUAACUUGAUUCUUUCGAACACAAGCGAAUCAUUCAAUUCAUUUAUAACAAACCAAUCCUCUUAAUAUCACUGUACAAAAAUAAAACACGAAUGAUGAUUCUGUACAGGACCUACGUAUGUUUUGCCUGAAAGCAUUUCAGGUUUACCAAAGGUGGAUUUGCAGUUACAAGCACUAUUAUUAUUGUAUUUAUACUGACAGACGUCCAUUAGUUUACACUAGAUUCAAAUCUUUUCUUUUUUGAGACUGAUCACUGAAAUUUGUCAAAAACGUUAUAGUUUGAAGUGAGCUGAAGCUGGACUUUUGCAAAGCUAGAUCUCCAAUGUAAUGUGAUGUGGAGUCAGUUUCAUACGACAAACGCUCUUGCGAAAAACAUUCAUGUGUUUUGAGCCUGAUAUGAACUUAAAUUGUAUAAAUUUGUACAUACUGCCAGUUCUCACAUAAAUGUGCUAUUAUGAUCCUAUAACACAUUCCUAAAGUCAACUGUAAUUUGUCAAAUAUUUUACAUUAGGAAAGAUUACUGUUCUUUACCCAACAGUGUGUUAUAUUUUUAUUUUUAUAUGGUUUACUAAAAGUGACACAAGGAAAUGAUUAAUAAUACUGAUUCCAGAAAGCGACCAUGUGUGUAUGCGUGUGUAUGUAUCUUACAAUCAAUAUCAUUCUUUUGUUUUUGAUUUUAUAAUAAAUAAAUGAAGUUGCACAACUGCCGUUAUUUACUUUCCCAAAGAGCACAGGAACAAGAAUUUCUGUACCCUACAAACAUUGGUUCAACAUAUUUUGAAUGUUGUAUAUUACUAUAUUUUUAACUUAAAUGCUUAUACUGUAUAUGCAAUUCAUUCUUACAAUAA